CUCAACAUUGUACCGCCAUCAUCUCUUAGUUGGCAAUGCCAGACUUUGAACUAAUCAUUUUCUCUGCCUCUGAGGCUUACAAGGCCAAUCCGGCUGAGUCCAUAAAGCCAGUGGUGGAAUGGAUAAAAAACGUCGAGGGUUUACUCAGCUUCCAACAUGGCCUCCAGGUUGAGGACAACAAGCUCGGUUACUUAUUUCUUGGCUGGGUGUCCAUUGAAAGGCAUAAGGCUAUGAUGGAAGCCGAAUCGUACAAGGAAAUUAUCUCUUUACUAGGGAAGCAUGUCCUCGCUCCCGGGGCGGGAAUCGAUAUGCAGCACGUCACCUACGCAGACCUUCUCGAGGGGGUUGUUUCUGCCCCAGUCACCGAGAUUGCGAUCUUCAAGCGCAAAGAAGGAAAAACAAAUGAUGAGGUUCUCAAGCUUUGGUCAGAGGUCUUCCAGCCAACCAUAAGGUCCAUGGAGGGCCACCAUGCAGAGGCACUGGGUCCGAGUAUUGAGAACGAAGGAACCUUUGUCCUGACCGUCGGAUGGGAAUCCGUUGAGGCCCAUAAUGUUGCUAUAGCCGAUGAAAAUUACCAGGCUAAAGGGGCGAUAAUGUUCGGCGUCGUCGACCUUGUUGGCUAUGGUCAUGUCAAAAUCUUAAAGGAGAUUUAAAGAGCGGAAUU